AAGAGGACAGAGUUCAACCACAAAUCAAAUUAGAGUUCCCAUAUAGAGCUGAAUUGCCUCUCUCCCAAGUCCCGAGUCGAAUCGAGAAUGGCGGUGGUUUAUCUUCAGAUCUGUCCAACGGAAACAAGUUUACACAGUUUCCGGAUGAAUAAGGAACCAAACGGACAUGGCUAUUGACUUGUAGUAAUGAUCCAGCUCGGAAAAUACUCCUCAACAUCAACUGGAAAGGUUUAUUUUGGCAUGAUUGGCGUAAGAAGUUUUCUUAGAGUGAGCUCGUUUGUUAAACUUUGAUGCGUAUGGUGGCUACGAGGGUACAUGUACGAUUUGGUUUUGUUUUUGUUUUUGGUUAAGCGCGUGAUCCUUUUUCUUCAAUAAUUUGAAGAUUUGGGCAAGUUUUGAGAAGGUACUUUUGGAUUUUGGAUUGUUCGGUAUCUGAAAUAUUGGUGGAGUUUACUUGUCAAAAGUAUAUUUUUGACACUACAUCUAAUUUCUACUGUAGAACUAGUGGAAUUUCACUUCACUUAGUUGCAAAUUAUUUGCUUUUAAGAUUAUCAGAUAAUUAUGAAGAUGAACAGAGGUCGGAUUGUGAAGAGAUCGAUCGCCUUCGUAUGGUUAGUGGUGCUUUUUUGCUGCCUUUUUGUGGUUCUAAUUUCUGUUCUUAGGCUUCCAGAGGUGUCUAACGGUAGAAAGGCAAUUGGGUUGUAUCAUACUACAAAAACCAGAGAAAGUUCAGAAAAUGAGUUUAGUUCUAUUGGAAAAUUUGGAGAGAAGAUGAUUGAAAUGCUGCCUGAAGAUCUUGCUUUCACUGUUUUUGUUCCUUCAGAGAGAGCUUUUGAACGAGAUUUAAGGCUAAGAAAGAAUGAGAGUCUGGUUGAGAAGAUGAAUGACGAUACGUAUGCUACAAUCUCUAGAGUUCUGGGAUUCUCAGCCAUUCCAAGGACAAUUACCUCAGGUAAUGUAUCUUUCGGUGAAGAAACCUUGUAUGAUUCUAUAUCUGGGUUUGUAUUGUAUAUUUCCAAAGAUGUGGAUGGAAUGUUGGUGGUUAACAGAGUCCGUUCUGAAACAGUAGAUAUCAAAAGGAACAAAAUUGUUGUACAUGUAAUGGAUGGUGUUAUCAUGGAUGCUGAAUUUGAAGAAUCAGUUCAGCCUGAUGAGGAGGAAGGUAAGUGAAAAGGGCUUAUACCAAAUAUGUAAUUAAGGGCCAAGGCUUCUAAUUUCUUCUCAUUUCUUGGCUUUUUGUUAGAUUUUGGAUUUGGAUGACAGAAUUGUAACAUGGAUUGAUUCUAGUCCAUUUUGUCAAUUGUUUA